UCACUAUGUACUCCAGGCUGGCCUGGAACUCACAGCGAUGCUUUCCCCCACCUCCAGGAUGCCAGCAUUAAAGGCAAGAGCCACCCCAUACCAGGACGGUGGGGGGAAAUUUUGUAGGAUCUGUGUUUCCCAGCUACUCACUUUACUCACAGUUGCUCUGCUGGAGGCCAACUUGGGGCUCUUAGGAGGCUGUAAAGACCAACAAAUGGGCUGGGGUGGGCCUUUAAUCCCACUCGGGAAACAGAGUCAGGCAGAUUUGGUCUAGAGACCAGGCCAGUCUGGUCUACAUAGUGAAUUCCAAGACAGCAAAGAUGAGAGGAGACCCUGUUUCAAAACAACACCCUUCCCUGAAACAGGAACAAGAUACCAACCGGAAGAGCUGGAGACCCGUGGAGCUCAUUCAUCGAGCUUUCCGGGGACUUGGGCAUUUCCGGCGGAAGCGGACGCUGCUAGCCAUUCUUCUAAUUUAAGUGCUGUUGACUACGACUUCCAGUGUCCUUUGCGCCCGACGAAGAAAGGAAGCGGAAGCUGCAUGGGGAGCUGCUGCAGGUGACAGCGGCAUGGCUGUGUCCCAGACUUUCCUGCCCGGGCCUACCAGUGAACCUGCAGGUCCCUUGAUGGAGCCUCUGUCUUGCACUGGAAGCUUGGCUAAGGGGUUCCUGGAGGAGGAGCUUCGGCUCAAUGCUGAACUCCGUCAGCUGCAGUUUCCAGAGCCUGUGGGUGUCAUCUAUAACCCAGUGGAUUAUGCUUGGGAGCCGCACAGUUACUACGUGACUCGCUACUGUCAAGGUCCCAAGGAAGUGCUUUUCCUGGGCAUGAACCCAGGACCCUUUGGCAUGGCCCAGACUGGGGUACCUUUUGGGGAAGUGAAUGUGGUCCGGGACUGGUUGGGCAUUGGGGGCUCUGUGCUGACCCCUCCCCAAGAGCACCCUAAGCGACCAGUGUUGGGACUGAAGUGCACACAGUCAGAGGUGAGCGGGGCCCGGUUCUGGGGCCUUUUCCGGACCCUCUGCGGACAGCCCCAUGUCUUCUUCCGGCAUUGCUUUGUCCACAAUCUGUGUCCUCUGCUCUUCUUGGCUCCCAGCGGAAGAAACCUAACCCCAGCUGAGCUGCCGGCCAAGCAGCGGGAGCAGCUACUGACGAUCUGCGAUGCAGCCCUCUGCCGGCAGGUUCAGCUUCUAGGGGUGCGGCUGGUAGUGGGAGUGGGGCGGCUUGCAGAGCAGCGGGCGAGAAGAGCUCUGGCAGGGCUGAGCCCCGAGGUGCAGGUGGAGGGGCUCCUGCAUCCCUCCCCUCGAAGUCCACAGGCCAACAAGGGCUGGGAGGCAGCGGCCAGGGAAAGACUCCGAGAGUUGGGGCUCCUGCCUCUGCUAACCGGUGAGUGCCCAGCCAGGCCUAGUACUCCUUAGACACCCAGUCUUGCAUACACGCAGGGUUUGCUGGCCUCCCCGGUGGAGGUCACGUUUUCAGCCCUGUGGACUGUCCUCGGAUGGCCAGGCAGACGCUGAUCCCAGGCUGGGCAGCUCUCCCGCCGUCUUCCCGUCACUUGAGCAUGGCCCUUGUGUCUCCAGGGGCUCGUACUGCGCAGCUCAGCAGAAGGUGGGCCUCUGCACUCACCUGCCACGUCAUUUCCUUGGGAGCCUGUGUGUGCAGAGGGCCCCAGAUAGGAUGCCUGAGGUCGUAUUUGAAUUUUUGGAGGAAAGAUAAUUUUAAUUUUAAUCUUUCCUCUUUUUUAUUUUCCUCGUGUACACUAGGAAAGCAAACACUGAUCUACCUCAGCCUGUUUUUGACACUAACUGUACAUAUUGGUGGGGUUCAGUGUGAUGUUGCCACACAUGCAUUAAGUGUACUGAUAGAGUCCAACCUCCCUUUACCUGUCCUCUCCACACACCCCCCUCCCCAACCAGAGGACAGUCUUGCCAGGAGCCCUACUUAUGCUCACAGAACAUUUCCCUCUAGUUGGCUCCUCUCCUCCCAGGAACCAGGACAGACAUCAUGUCGAGAAUGAACUUCUUAGCCAGGUGUCCUGGUACACCCUUGUAAUCCCGGCACUCAGAGGCAAGAUGAUCAAAAAUAAAUAAAUUUAGAUGA